AUGACGGACCCACGAACGGGCAGCAGAUGGAUCCUGGGCGAGAAGUUUGACCAGGUGUAUCCUCAUCUUGGAUCCAUGGAGAAUCUCUGGUACAAGAAAUGGAAAUUCCCCUGCGAACGCUCCCUCUACCCCUUCCACGACGGCAAAUACUCCGACUUCGCGCCCGUCUUCGAAACCCUCAUCCAGAAAGGCAUCUACGACGGCUACAGCGACGAGUACACGCAAGAAUUCCUCUCCACGGCCGAAGACCUCGUCGCGCAGGCGGACGCCCAAGCGAAAGAAGGAGGAGACAAGAAAUCUGCUAUUGAGAUCUACCUCCGCGCCUGCGCCGUCUACCGCAUCGCGCGAUUCCCAUAUAUCAACAGCGCCGUGAAGACCGCCGCGUACGAAGCGCAGAAGAAGGCGUACAUGAAAGCCGCGGCGCUGUUCGAGUGUCCGAUCCAGGAUAUCGAAAUCCCGCACACGGCGGGCACGGAAGAGGAUGAGGGGACGAUGGUGCCGCUGUACGUCAGGUGGCCGAAGGGGGCGAGUAGAGAGGCCCCGGUGCCCGCGGUGUUGUUGAUGUGUGGGCUUGAUGGACAUCGUCCGGAUAAUACGGUGCGGAGUGAUGAGUUUUUGAAGAGGGGGUGGGCGAGUGUUAUUGUGGAUAUUCCAGGGACGGCGGACUGCCCAGCAGCCCGCAACGACCCUACCUCUCCCGACCGUCUGUGGACUUCCAUCCUCGACUGGAUGGCUAGCCAGGGCACCUUUGACAUGAACCGCGUCAUCGCAUGGGGCCUAUCUGCAGGAGGCCACAACGCCAUCCGCGCAGCACAUACACACGCUGAUCGACUCGCGGGAAGUAUCGGCCAAGGCGCAGGAACGCACCACUUCUUCUCGAAGGAGUGGUUAGAGAAGGCGAAAGAUCACGAAUACCCCUGGACCCUCCUCCCCGCCAUGCGCCUCAAAUUCGGCUACACCUCCGAAACCACCAUGCUCUCCGAGAUCCAAGCCCGCUUCUCCCUCAUCGAAACCGGCAUCGUCAACCAACCCUCCUGCCGCCUCCUCCUCGUCAACGGCACGCACGACGGACUCAUGCCCAUCGAAGACAGCAUGCUGAUGAUGGAGUACGGCAAACCGAAGGAGGCGAGGUUUUUCACGGGGCUGUUGCAUAUGGGGUAUCCGCCGGCGAAUGGUUGCGUGUAUCCGUGGAUGGAGGAAGUCAUGGCUAGUGUGGGUGGGAAGAAAGUGUAG